AUGGGCAUCAAACAACUAUUAUUGGGCAUCAUUUUUUGGACGGUUUUCAAGAUUGCACUGGUACACGGGCGGGUGAGUGAGUUUGACGGCGUUCGGAUAGACGGCUAACGAUGUUCAGGGUCGACGGAUCAACAUUUAUGGCGCUGAGAAUGGACACAGUGAUAUUGUGCAAUUACGGCGAAACGGAGCGCAGCAGGUCUACCAUUCACCCAUUCGGCAACGGUGAGUGCGGUGCGAUAGAGCGCAUUAGCUGAAGACUUUCAAGUUCAGAAGGCCUCAAAUGCGAAAUGCUCUCCUCUCGAAUUCGCCGUUAAAAUGGAGCAAAAUGCAAGAUGAAAAUGGAAAUUAUCUGAUUCCGUUCGUCAUUUCGGGAACUUACGGUCUCGACUGAUCUCGACUUUUCCGCAAAUCCGAUCGUCCUUUUUCAGACACUCUCGAGCAGAAGAUCAUCAAAAGUGCGAUGGAGAAGAUUGCGAAUAACUCGUGCAUCCGCCUGAUUCCCCGUACCACUCAGCCCGACUACGCGGAAAUUCUCAACAAAAAAGGUCAAGGGUUCGUUCGACGUCUUCGUUCCGUUUUCCUUCUGUUCAACCGUUUGUUCAGAUGCUACGCAAGCAUCGGUCGAUUCCCGGGCAAGAACGUGGUGAUGUUGGAGAGCAACGACGACCAAUCGUAGGCGCAUUUUUGCCACGUCACCCUGAGAAUUCAGUCGGAAAGAAAAAGAAACUAGUUCAGGUGCAUCCAAGAGGACACGGUAAUCCACGAGUUGUUCCACGUGAUCGGAUUGUGGCACGAGCACAUGCGAGCCGACCGCGACGCGUUUAUCAACGUCAUGUACAAGAACAUCGAGCCGGCGCAGUACCCGCAGUUUGAGAAGUUAUCGACGAGAGACGCGACGACUUACAACGUGCCGUACGACUACAAAUCGGUGAUGCACUACGACGAGACGGCGUUCGCGAAGCCGGGAAAGAUAAGCAUGAUGACCAGAGACUCGCAGUUUCAGGUGAGUCUCUUUUGUGCUCACAACCAACUCUUCUGACCCAUUUCCAGAAAGUGAUUGGCCAUCCACGUGACGCGUCGAGCAACGACUACAAGAAAGUGUGCGCCAUCUACCACUGCGCGCGGUGCAUGAACCAGGACUUUGAUCAGCUCGUCCAGAAGGAUAACAUUGACCUGCGCAAUCCGGUCGUCACGAACGCGCCCGUCCAAUUCGGCGACUCCGACUGCACCGAUCGGCUCGGCAUCUGCCCGAUGCUCAAAUCGCGCGAAAUGCUCAACUGCAAAGUGAUGGCCACGUUCUGCUGCUCUUCGUGCUCCGCGCCCACGACGACGACGACGACGACGACGCCCGCGACGCCCGUCGACGGCUCUUUGUGGCAGAGGAUCAAGUCGAUAUUCCAGUGA